AUGCUUUUUGCUCUUCCUCUUAGUCGUUCUAGGGUUUCUUCCUUAACUCGAUGCACACAAGAUCUAAACAGCCGGGGACCGAAGAGGAACAUACGCUUUUUGAAGGCGGAUCGGAUCGAGGAGUUCUCUGUUUUGGGGAAAACUGAGGAAAUUGCGUCCCUUCGUCUUCCGUAUGUAGACCUAGCAGUAUUGCACGCGAAGGAGGACGCCGCUGUCAGGAAAGCGGAGGGUGAAGCCGAAAGAAUAGGAGUCGGGGUAACUGCAGAGGCUCAAGACAUAUUCUUUGCCCUUUGCAAAACGUUGCCCUGCAAAUGGGACAGGACAAAAAUCAUUGUCAUGGACGAGGUUCAGGUUCCGAGUCCAUAUAGGCCAGAGAAUGUGACUGGAGGCUCGCCUGAAGCCAACGAGCGGGUGAAGAAAGUGCUUGCAAGGGAGAGGGAGCGGUUGCAAUUAAGACUACAACAAAGUGCAUAG